AUGAGAGAAUCCAUUAAAAACAACCUAUCUCGGGUCGUGCUAGCAACAUGGUUAUUUGUAAUUGUGAUAGUCUCAGCAUGUUUCACUGCAGUUCUUAGCUCCAUGAUGACUGUCCAAAGGCUCCAAGCAUCCGAAAUAGACAUUGAAUACCUUCAAAGAACAAACGCAACUGUUGGGUGCGAUGGGAACUCUUUUAUCAAGGGAUAUUUGGUGAAUGUUUUGAAUUUCAAGCAAGAGAAUAUCAAGAGCAUCAAUUCAAUUAAUGACUACCCAGAAAACUUUCAAAGAGAAGAGAUUAAAGCAGCUUUUUUUGUGGAUCCACACGCCAAAGUCUUCCUUGCAACAUAUUGUGAUGGCUAUACCAAGGCUGGGGAUAGCUUCAAGCUUGGCGGUUUUGGUUUUGUCUUUCAACAGGGUUCUCCUUUCGUCACUGAUAUUUCAGAGGCAAUUCUCAAGGUAAUACAAAGUGGAGAGAUAAACACAUUGGAGAAACAGAUGCUUUCCUUUUCAAACUGCUCCUCGUCAGUUGGCAUAUCCGAUGACCCAAGCUUAGGCUACGAGCCUUUCUCCGGUUUGUUCCUAAUCUCAGGUGGCAUUUCUUCAGCUGCAUUGUUAAUCACCAUUGCUCGUCUUCUCAAGAGGCGCCAGCCGAUAACCGGCUUUAUUCAAGCAUCACUGAUCAGCACAAGAGUUUGCAGAUGGGCUUCUUUGCUCCUCAUUCUAUGCUACGCGAGAUUUGGAUGUCAGUUCUUUAGAGAAAGCUUCAAUAGAAGAACAAAGGACCAAAUGAAUGUGUCUGAUGCCCAGGAGGCGAAUUUGAUGGGCAUUGAGUUAGCAAGAAAUCAUAACAUUUAA